CCGCGCCCGCCCGCGCCCGGCGCCCGGGGACGGCGUGGAAGGCCCGAACGGCAGGAGUCCGGGGACCGCCGAAGAUGGGGAACACUACCUCGUGCUGCGUGUCAUCCAGCCCCAAGCUCCGGAGGAAUGCACACUCUCGGCUGGAGUCUUACCGGCCCGAUACGGACCUCAGCCGCGAGGACACCGGCUGCAACCUGCAGCACAUCAGCGACCGGGAAAACAUAGACGAUUUGAACAUGGAAUUUAAUCCUUCAGACCAUCCUCGGGCCAGCACAAUAUUCCUCAGUAAAUCUCAGACAGAUGUGAGAGAAAAACGCAAGAGUCUCUUCAUUAACCAUCAUCCUCCAGGACAAAUAGCAAGGAAAUACAGCUCCUGCUCUACUAUUUUCCUAGAUGAUAGCACAGUCAGUCAACCAAACCUCAAGUAUACAAUUAAAUGUGUAGCUCUCGCAAUAUAUUACCACAUCAAAAACAGGGACCCAGAUGGAAGGAUGCUCUUAGAUAUUUUUGAUGAAAACCUUCACCCUCUUUCGAAAUCCGAAGUGCCACCAGAUUAUGACAAACACAACCCAGAGCAGAAGCAGAUUUACCGGUUUGUUCGGACACUGUUCAGUGCUGCUCAACUGACAGCUGAAUGUGCCAUUGUCACCCUGGUUUACCUUGAAAGACUCCUAACGUACGCAGAGAUCUAUAUCUGUCCGGCCAACUGGAAGCGAAUUGUUCUAGGGGCAAUCCUGCUGGCCUCCAAGGUGUGGGACGACCAGGCUGUGUGGAAUGUGGAUUACUGCCAGAUCCUAAAAGACAUCACCGUGGAGGACAUGAAUGAACUAGAGCGACAGUUCCUUGAAUUGCUUCAGUUCAACAUCAAUGUUCCUUCCAGUGUUUAUGCCAAGUAUUAUUUUGAUCUUCGUUCUCUGGCAGAAGCAAACAACCUGAGCCUUCCCUUGGAGCCCCUGAACAGGGAGAGGGCUCACAAGUUGGAGGCCAUCUCUCGCCUCUGUGAGGACAAGUACAAGGACCUGAGGAGACCAACAAGGAAACGGUCAGCAAGUGCUGACAAUCUGACUCUGCCUAGGUGGUCCCCGGCCAUCAUCUCCUAACUAUUGGCAUCUUCACCAGAGGCCCUGCCAUCCCUCAGUUUCUCCUUUAAUUUGAGAAAAGACACACCUGGGGUGGUUUUGUUUGUUUUUCCUUUACUUUCCUUUCUUAAUUCAUAGCUGUGUCAGGCUGCCUGGGUGACUGCCUCUAAGCUGUGUGGCCCACUCACAGCAAGGCUUUGAGGGAAACAAAAUCAGUAUUCUGGAAAUCCUGUUUCAUCCCUUCCCCCAUCAUCAUUAACAGCACUUUCUUCCUGGAGGAAAAAGACUCUAAUCCUGGAGAAGGAAAUAAAGGGAAAGGGGAGUUGUAUAGAGGCGGGGGAAAUGGUUAAAAUGAUUUGGCCAUUUCUUAAGUCCCUCGUCUGGUCAGUACGUGAUUAGGAUGGAAAACACAACAGUAGAUAACAAGGUUGGAUGUGCAUUAAAGUCAAGAGUGCCGCAUUUAUUACCCCCAUGUGUAUCGAUAUGUUCUGUAUGACUUCUUGCAUUCCUUCUUGCUGUUUUAUGGGGUUUGGGACAUUUUUGUUUGUUUAUUUGUUUUGGUUUUGGCCCCACAGAGCAGAGAAUAUAGUUUAUUCCCCAUGGCACAGCCAGCCAAAUAAAUAAUACUGGUUGUUUCUGUUUGCACUAUUCCUGUGAGCUAUCUUCUGGGCUUUCUUCCUCACAAGUAGGGUGCACUUGUGACAUUUCUGUAUACCUUUAUUUUCCAGUUUUCCUCCAAUAAUGGCAAAAUUAACUUGACUUUAGUACUGAACCAAAAGUACCCUCUUCCCUGAUUCCUCACCCUAAGAACAUUCUAGAUAACAUGGGUGCUUGUGCCUUUCUCGCAUUUUUUUUCUUUCUCUGACUUGAAAUCACAGCUAUACAUCGGUCAGACUCCCAGGCGGAAGGAAACAGCGUGCAGCAGAGCGUGCCCUCCGCGUGAGGUUUGUCCGGAGUGCGAGGCGUUUGCCUGAAGCUACCGAGUGGGAGCCAUUUCUUUGUACUCCCUGCUCACUUCGUUCCUCUACUUCCUUGUCCAUUGUUGCAAGCAAUAUUCUCAAUUUUAUAUGUUUACUUUAAAUCAAAGUUAGUCUAUUUGUAUAAAGUUUUUUAAAAAUCUAAAAUUGAA